AGAUUAUAUCGUUGUUAUCGGAGAAAGCUUUUCUGUCUUUUAGAUGUAAUGUUGGAAUUACCGUGGAAAGAAAUUUGCAAGUGAAAUUAGAUGAUGGAGAAGAGUGGGCCAACUGAUAAUUUCCAAAGAAGAGUAGUUAAAACACAAAAUAAGAAAGAAGACAAAUUCAAGAAAAAUGUUGCACGUAAUUCAGUAAGAAGUUCUAGGGUGGCUGUUGUUGACAGUGGAGAAGUGAAAUCAGAAAAAAGUAUUGGAAACAGUUCUUUAUCAACAAAAGCAUCUAGUUGUAGAAAAAAAAUCAUCAAAGAAUAUAAUGCAAACCAAAGUCACCAUUCAAAAAUUUCAGGAAAAAAUCAUAUGUUACCAUACUCUGAGAAAGACCAGUUACAUUUGUCACACUCUUCAGUAGCCAAAGGUAUUUGUCAUUCCAUUGAAGAUAGUUUACACAAGAAGGAGACAAAAAGUGCAUCUAUUAUUGAUGAUUCACAACAGAAUAUAUGCCUUCAUAAAAGUAAAGAUGAGCAAAAGUUGGAACACACCUGUUUAGAUGAAGAGUCUGAGAAAAGUAAUCAUGGACAUGUAAUUCCAAGAACUUCUUUUUGUUCAGAUGAAGAAAAAUGUUUAUCUACUAGAAAAAAUGUUAGCAAUUUACUAGAAAUGACCUGUCAUUCUAAAGAUGAAGCUAUAUUUGUUAACACUGAUUUCAUAAUAGAAAAGUUAAAAUCUGAUUGCUUAUCUGAUGACACUAGCUCUUGUUUGAGUAAUGAUUCAUGUAGUGAAAACUGUAAAAUAAAUCCAGAUCAGAAAAAUAAGUUAGUUGUUUCAGAGUGUGGAAGAAUGCCUGAUGGAAAUGAGACUGUCCUUUCAAGAUGUGAUAGUAUAGAACACCUUGAAAAUGGAAUGAAAUUGUCAGUCUGUACUGAUAUGGAAACCACUAAUGACAUCUCAACAAAAGAGGCAUUAUCAGGUGAUUUGGUGUAUGUAAAUAAUUUUGAUAAUAUUCACAGUCAUUCUUUCAAUCUUCCUGUUUAUAAUGUUAAACAUGUACCUAGCUCUACAAACAUUUCCAAAAUGGAAGAAAAUGAAAACAAAAACUUAUGUUUCACAUCUGGGAAAAUAAAUCAAAAUUUGAUUAAGAAUUAUAUUGAAGUAGAGGACAAUGUUGGAUGGCAGAGCUGUGUGGAGACUGCUCAAAAUGAAGAAAUGAUCAAAAAUGUUCUGAAGCAAGUGAGUCGACGACUAAGUCAGGUGUGUCAGAGUGACCUACAGCAGUUCACUGUGACAGACUCAAGUACUUCUCAAUCUGAUAAGACACUACCUCAUAUCAAUCCCUCAGAUUCUCAGGAGACAGACUGUGCCUUGGAAUCUCAUACUUACUCAUCAAAACCAGGAUCAGCCAGUAGCCUCCUAGACCUGGCCAAAAAGUACAGUUCCAAAGAUUAUAACAGCAGAAAAGCAAGUAGUGGCAAUACCAGUCUUGUCAGUGAUUCUUCUCACUCUUAUUUGGCGAAGCAAAACAAUGUAGAAGAAGACCUCAAUUCAAGCAAAAAGCCACUGAAGUUGGAACCUCUUUCAAUUGAUAAACCACUGAUUUCCAAGUCAUUGGAAUCCCUAAAUUCUGUACUUGACUCUCCAGAAUUACAUAGGUCACAUUCAGCAACUCAGUCUGUUAUGUCUAGUGUUGAAGGUGUCCUGCCACUUAUAUCAGUUUGUGAAGCAAGAAGCAGGUGUUAUGUAGUUGGAACUGUUGGAAGUCAAGGAUCACUUUUGGGUCCUUCUGAACUUUUGAGGUAUUUCCCUGAUCAGAAAGUAUCUGUGUUUGUUGGAACAUGGAAUAUGAAUGGGCAGCUUCCACCAAAGAAUCUAGAUGAUUUCCUACUCCCACUAGGGGUUAAUCAUCUGCCAGAUAUCUAUGCUGUUGGGGUUCAAGAAGGAGUUCAGGAUAGGAAGGAGUGGGAGAUCACUUUGCAGACAACUUUGGGUCCCUCACAUGUUCUCUUCCAUUCUGUUGGUCUAGGUGUGUUAUACCUAUCUAUAUUUCUUCGAAGGGAUCUCAUCUGGUUCUGUUCUGAUCCAGAAGAUGCAACAUACAGCACCAGGCCUGGCUCUGCAGUCAAAACUAAGGGAGCAGUUGCUGUAUCAUUCAUGUUUUUUGGGACUUCUCUACUGUUUAUCAACUCACAUCUAACAGCACAUGAGAAAAAAAUAAAAGAGCGACUAUCAGACUAUGAAAAAAUCUGCCUGAUGUUGGACCUCCCAAGGAAUCUACCCUUAAAAUCCCAGUAUCAGAGCAAAGAUGUCACAGCAAGGUUUGACAGUGUGUUUUGGUGUGGAGAUCUAAACUUUCGAUUGACCCAGAAACGAGACUUUAUUAUCAAAUUAUUAGAAGAACGCAGUAUAAAGAACACAGUCUCGUGUAAAACGUUGUUGAAUCAUGAUCAGCUAAAGAAGGCUAUGGGUAAAGGUGUUGCCUUCAGAGACUUCCAUGAAGCCGAAAUAAUGUUUGUGCCUUCUUACAAGUAUAGUACUGGGUCUUCCUUAUUUGACUCCAAGAAGCUACGUGUACCUUCUUACACUGACCGUGUGUUGUUUCGACAUAAGAAGAACAAUACCAUAACUUGUUUGUUGUAUGAUAUAGCAGAGAGCAUCACUACUUCAGACCAUAAACCUAUAUAUGCAUUAUUUCAAGUUUGUGUGAAGCCAGGACGGGAUAACAUUCCCCUAGCGGCAGGUUUAUUCAACAGAGAAGUUUAUUUGGAAGCAUCUCGGAGACGUGCUGCUGCACUUGAAAAUCAAGAUCGGAGAAGUUCUGUGUGUUCUUUAAUGUAACACUGGUCUACUGCAGGUGUGGCAUUAGAAAAUGAUGAAUUAAAGAUAAUUGAUGCGAAAUGAAGUAAUCUGUGUAGCAGGUAUUAAUACUGCCAAUUUUUAUAAUUGAAUAAGUAUACUUACAUUUUCAUAGGAUUGAAUUUUUCUGUUGUAGAUGUAUAGGGUAUCACCAUGUUUAUAUGCAAAAUGAUUCAUAAACAUGAUACUUCAGUACAUAGAAAAAUCAAAUCACAGUUUGUAUAGUUUCAAGUGUCAUGACAAACAAUUGGAGAUAUAUCACAUACUUGCUGUGGUCUAAAAUGUAUAGCACAAGGUUUAUAUAUAGGCUUAUUUUAAUUUGUUAGCAUUACAAAAUGUUUUAGCUGUUUAAUAUUAAAUACUACACCAUUUUUUCUUCUUUUUUUAGAUAAAGUUACAAAAAGAGACAAAAUGAAUAGGUAUGAUUAUUAUAACUUUCAAAGAGUUUCUUAAGUGGAAGAUGUAGGGUAUGAAAGUUCUAUAUCCAUCUUUCCGUUUGUUUUAAAUAAACUUAUGAUAAAGAAGAUUGAAGGUAGAUCAUCAGCUGCUGUCAGUUGAUACAGCUAAAAGUAUGUUGUAUUAUGCUAACUUUAAAGCUAUUUCAUUUUUGCUGUUACAGUUUUAAAUAUUUCAAAAAGUUUGAAUAAUUAACUUGUGUUCUUUCUUUUCUUGACCACUUGCUAUGCUUAUUAUUAUGAUAUAUCAAAAAAAUAAAAAUAAAUCAGUGCUUUACAGAAAUAAUGGAGUAAACCUCUAAAAUAACAUUGAAAAGUUUUAAUACUGCAGUAAGAAACUUGGGUUAACUACCUCAGGAAACAGCUAUUUCAGGCUUGAACAGUAGAGCCUGUAAUGCAGACAUAAUUAAACUUUCUCUUCAUCCCCCAGUGGGACAGCAACACGUUUACAAUUUACAACACUAAAACCACAGGGAAAAACCCCAGACCCUGUGGU